CACACAGGCGUUGGCCCCUGCGGAGAGUCACGGGGCUGACAUCGCGGCAGCGAGCUCGGGCUGUUCGGGCCGCGUGAUUGACGUCGCAAGCACGCGGCGCGCGGCGACCGCAGCUGUCGGCGGUCGCUGUACUACAACUGCUCGAACCGCCCCCGGCGAGCGCGCGCCCCUACGCUCCGAAGACGGACACGCAUUGCUAGGCGGCCGCCGCAAUUUCUCCAACCUCGCGUGCAACGUCUUCGUAUGUUUUGCUCCGCGGCCUUCGCUCGCCUCCUUUCCUGGCGGACUCAGUGGCUGCCAUUCUUCGCGCCGAGUUGUCGGCAAGUGUAUCUGUCCUGGACACGUUCCACUCGCCCGAAGGACCGGACUGUUUUCACUGUGCGGUGGCCACGUCUGGCCUGCCAAUUGCCCGUCGUGCCCGCCUUCCUACCUUCUAUCCUUUCUCGGCCCCUGGAAGGACCCCGCGUCUACCCAGGAACUCCCGCUGUACGUUGUAAACCCCCUGGUUAACCCUAAGCUCCCGGCCGACGUGACCCGAGACAGGCGCCUCCAAGAUGGCAGCGUUCGUAGCAAAGCAGAUGAUGGGCAGCAAGCUCAAUGCCGUCAAAGGCCAGAUCGGAGGGGACGGGGAGACCUCGGAAGACAAAGAAGCCGAAGCCGAAGCGGAGCAGGAGCGGCUCGAGGCGCUACGGGAAGCCGAGGAAAGACGAAAGGAGAAGCACCGGCGGAUGGAGGAAGAACGUGAGAAGAUGAGGCAGCAGAUCAGAGACAAGUACGGCAUCAAGAAGAAGGAAGAGGAGAAGCCUGCCGAGGUGGAUGAUUUUGCCGCUGGCAGUCUCAAUCGGCGAAAAAAGACACCCGAGGAGAUCGCCGCGGAAAACGAGGCCGCAGAACAGGAUGAUCUCACAAGACUGCGGAACACCAUCGAGACGCAGGUGAACGAGCUGAAAUCGAGCAUCGAAGGCAAGUGCGUACUGCAGUGAGUGCGGGCCUCCAGCUAUGCAAGCAGCAGGGCGCAGAGCUGCGCCGCCUUCGUAGAACACCGACGACAACGCAGAGCAAGGCCGCACGGGACGGGGGAGGGCACAGGGUCGCCUUCCCCGGGCCGCCCGCUAGAAAGGAUACUCUAUUUUUUGCCCAGAGGCUCGCGCCCAGCAAAACUCGCGCUCUUCCAGCAGCGGCGGCCUGCCGGGGGCGCGCUCGGAGACACGCCGCCAAGGAUACAAAACGAAAGUACAACGGACGAGCGCCGCCAGAGACGCGACUCCAGCCGGUUCCCCCAGUCGUCUUCCCCUCGGCAGCGAGGCUGAAUCGGCCAUUGGCCCCCAGAGGCGCAGCCUCCCAGCGCGCCCCCUUCCCAUCGGAACCACCUUCCCUUACACCGCCGGACGGCUGGGACCGCGGGCCGCACGGCCGACCACGGGUUCGCUUCUCUCCGCGGGGCCUCUACGUUUGCCGAAAUGUUGCUGUUAUUUGGCGUUAGAAGGCCUUGAGGAACCCUGUUGAACACAGCCGAUUGUAGCUGGACCUUGUGAGUUCGUGUCUUCUCUUCACUGCGUAACCCUCGAUGUCGAAUUACGAAAAGCGAGAAUAUAUAGUACUACAUGGUAGAAAAUAAAACACACGUGUGCAUUACAGCACGAGUAAUCCGCGAUGAAUAAAAGACACGUAACGAGGCGUCCUUUUCUAUCUACUCUCUAUACGGAAUUUCUUGAUUUUAUAAAAAAACUUUGUAUAGGUCCUCCUAUAAGAGUGGCGGUGUUUAGCACCCAGAACACUCUACAGGUUGAAGCAUUCGUACAGUGAGCUAGCUUUUUUUUGAAUAUGUGUGCUUUUUUGUUCUUGUUUACGCAGAUAAUGAAGGGCAUCGUCGGGAGCUCAGUGCAUCUUUUGAACAUGUAACGACUUUUUAUUCAGUGCCCAUGAGGCCAAUCGAACUCGUCGAAGCCGUGCGGUCCGUGGCGUGCGGGAAAUCCGCAUGCGGUCGGGUACGUGACUACGCUUCAUACCUGGCUUUUGUGCACCGAAGGCAAAACUAUGCAUGAGCAGGGUGCGUGUUUCAUCGAAGUUUCUGGCUGCUUGAGAGUGUGUUUUUUUCUCAAGCAGCACAGCAGUAAUCCUGCAACCGUGUACGCUUAUCACUUUUGAACGAAAAGCUCGCGCUCCUUGCGAGAAGUUAACUAUGACAACCGAAGAACUCCUCUACUGACGACGAACUGAAAGCGUGGUUGCUGCGUGGUUAUCACAGUCUACUGACGGCCUUUCGUCUCAGCUUUCACUGUACCGCCAGUUCGUCCAGCGAAAGUUCUGGCUGACACCGAGACACGCAUGCUUUCUUGCUCGUCUAGCCGGUUUUCAUUGGUCCGAAGGUGGAAGCCCUUGAGGCCAACACACCUCAGUAUUUCCGCUUCACCUGGCGUCCAAUGAGCACUGGCAUGGCGUGAAUACGGUUUUGCCUCGGUCCGCGAGAAGCCGGAAAGAAAUGUAGGCCCGGGACGGGGUUCCCGGACCCGGAAACGGGCCCGACCACAGCCCGCCAGACAGUUGCUCAAUUGGGGAAGAACACGCGGCUGGCCGAGCGGCGGACGAACUGCGGGAACCUCCCGAGGGAGUCACCCGCAGCUGAGCCCGCGCACCCCUCCUUUUCCCCUUCUCGGCCUUUGUCAAUUUCUUGCUUUCUGUGUACAUAUGUGACAACCUCCUGUAUUGCUGUGCUCUCUGGGGUACGCCUGCCUGCCAUUGUGUGUUGUGCAGUAUUCGCCUCCGAAAUGCGGUGUGUACCCGUUUUGCUGUGACGUAUGUGGCUCUCUCGCGUAUUGGAGGGAAUAACUGUCUAGCAAACAGUGGCUAUGCUUAGAGCGACAUGUCAGCGUGCAUUUUUUUUUCUGUGCAUUAUGACACGACCUAGUCUGCCUCGUUUAGCUGCGCUUUUCUGUGACAUGGAUGUGCCGAGGAGGAGAAGGGAAAAAUGAACGGGACUUAAUAUAUCUGUCUUUCUGACUUCGACGCAAAUGGUUCGGUUCUUAAUAUUGUGGGCAUUAAAAUGAGGUUGCAGAUUUGGUUGUAGCACAAUUCAGCUUUGUACUUUAGUAGUAAAAAUUGAACUUGCGAAUGUUUGCACGUGUUUUUCGAGGAACAUGGGCUUCAGCUAAGCAAGGAGAAGGGAGAAAAUACUUACGCUUGGGCAAACUGUUGCAACAUAAGCGAGAAAAAAAAGAUAGUUUUUUUUUUCGAUGUACAUUGUGUUUAAACUUUCUUUCGCGAAUCGCUGUGUCGAGUUUCUUGUAGCGUCAUAGCUGGCAGUAUAUAGUUUGGUGAGAACACAUCGGCAGUCCCGUGGCGCACUUCCGAGGCACCCGCGAGACAUUGGGCUUCUCGACGUCUCCCCUCCUCUCGCCACCGAGCGUACGCCGCCUGUUCUUUUGUGCAUAUAUUCAAAGAGACGCUUAUGAAUGGCUAAAGACGCGUCGUAGACGCAGAGCGACAGCUUGACACACAAUUGAGGUGAAGCUACUUUUGCGCUGCUUCGGAUACCGCGAAGCGUCAAGGGUGACGCGUGAGUCGAAGGUCUGCUUGAUAGAUGGUCUGCAGCGCGUCUUUGUACAAUAUGUGUCUGCUAAGAGUUGCUGCCUGCUUGCGACAUAGUUUUCUGGCUCUGUACAGCAAUAACCGGACGCCUGCGUACGCCUUGCGUACCAGCGUGUUGAAACGAACCGUUUGAGAAAAAAAGGAGCGUAGCCUGAGAAGGAUCUGAAGCAGUUUUGCAAGCGGCGGUUCUCCGUCGGAAGCUCAGAGCAGAUAAGGUAGGUCUUUUAAAUGAAAACACCUAAAAAAUCGCAUAAAAGUUGCGCCUUUUCUAGUUAAUUCAACGUUUUUGGUCUUAGUGUGGCUCUGAAAUAUUGCUUUCGAGAAGCACAUCUCCCAAUAUCAAAAUAGAGCAUAUAAGGUACAGGGACCGAUAAAUGAGCUGCCAAUACGAUGAGUGAAACAGUGGUAAGGGCAUAUAGGUCACCUUUGGUACGUCUUGCGAACGACGAAAUUGUUGCUAAAUUGGACACAUGGAACCUGUGAACAAAGCUAGUAACAAAGCUAGAAACAGUGAAUAGUGAUGGCUCUUACUGCGUAAACGUUUCUCGACACAUUAUGAUCCAAAGUAACACUAUUGCUAUCUGCCGGGCCUUCCCCAAGGCUGCAACAAAAUUUACAAAGCCGAAAGUUAUUCGACUGCACCGUAUGAGUGCUCGGAAUAGACUUGUUUUCCGCUUGACUGCUGACAGUGCAGCAAACUUCAACAGUAAACUUGUACUUAAUCUAUUUCGAUCAAGGCCCUCUCGUGAAGGCAGGAAGAUGAGCAAAUUUCUCUGCUGGACCAAGCGCUGCUUCUUUCUAAGACGGUCCGUUUCGGCGCCGGCAUUCUUUCUUUUUCCUUGCGUGUGUAAGUGCCUGUAGAUGUAUUAUUUUUCUCUCUGAAGCCUAGAUGUGCAAAGCUGUGAGAAAGGGACCCAUGCAGUGGGACGUUAACUGCUUGCGCCGGGGCGGCGCACGCACGGUCAUGCAAGCGCAGCCGCGCCCGGCCAGCCGGACGCUGCAGAGUCACUGACCAGGCCCUCGCCUCGCACCUGUUCUCCCUUCCAAACUCUAAUCGUGCUGAAAUAAAAAGGUAGUGCGAAGAAGGGAAAGCCAUGCCGCUUUGCUGGUCUACCUUGAAGUGCUUGCUGAACGCGUUUAUUUCUUAAGUGGAACACGGCGGAAGCUCGGAGAACAAUGGUAAGACAACUCGCCUCACGGGCAGAGUUUCUACUGCAGGCGAAGAGCUCCGAGGGCGCGUCCUUGAUUAAGACAUGCGGGUAUGUCUGGGCGCGCAGCCCUGAUUAGAACAUGUGGACCUAUCUUGGUCAAGACGACACUUUGACGGAGAUGGUUGAACGUGCCUUGGCCACGACCUCGGUUUAAGGCUCGCCCAGCCCAUCUUAUCACAGACAGAUAGGCCUGUUUCGCCGUCGCCCUUUCAAACGAGAGGGCACUAAGUAGAUUCAACAGACUUGCGCAAUCGAGGACCAGCAGAGUGUAACACUAAAUUAGCGCAGUGUCUCCUCAGUGAGUUAAAUCACUAAAGAAACAAAAAAUGUAGAGAAGCUAAGCACAAGUGCGGUUUGCACGCUUCGACUUGGAGCAGUACAAAUUUGUUUGCUAUUGCUGAUGUGUAAAUUAAAAUUAAGAGCACGCGUCAGCUACAAAAGAAGCAGUCUGUUUUCAGGCCCUUGGGCGCUUCUCAGCUCUAGCUUACAUCAUUAUUUUGGCUAAAUAGAUCGUAACCGGUAUAUAUAAAGGCCUGCAACGCUCGAGUUGGCUCAUGGUACCGAGCGUCAGCAGGGCCGCAAUUGAACCACUGUCUCUAGAAAAUAGGGGUUGGUUUUGUCGAGCGGAUAAAAGUAACUUUCGGACAUUCACCUCAAUAUUUUGUCUAUUACACCGAGCGUAAUGCAAGGCUUGUUAUUCAGAGAAUUCUCAGGCACUGCUAUUCACUACCCCAUAAUUGUCAUGACCUUAUAGGGCAUGACGAUAGUUAUAGCGCGAGAACAGAACGACGACAAAGAGACACGAAGGACAUGAGCGCUCGUGCCCUUCUUUUCUCCUUGUUGUCGUUCCGUUCUCUCGCUAUAACUAUAGUCAUGUCAUACCGAGCCCAAGCUGCCACACUUGUAGGGCAGGAAGAGACGGUUCUCUCUGAGAGAAAUAUGGUGAGAAAAACAAGCAAGUGAGCCGUGUGUGAGGCACGGGCCUGUCAGCUGUUCCGCAGGCGCAUGCGCCGAAGGAGGGAUCCGCGUCUGUGCGGGUGCCUCGGGAGUCUCGCGCCUCGGUCGGCGUCCCGGGGACGGCUCCAAACAACGAAUCGCGCGCGUGGGGAGCGCUCUCGCGUCUUUGUGCCGGUGUGCGUGCGCUGCCCGGGCGGGCCACGGAAGUUGUGUAAGGGAACCGCUGCAUCGCCAGGGGACGACGCCCAGCUAGAAGGCUCGCGACCGCUGCACCUCCCCUGGCCCUCCCCUGCACAGGUUCCGCCUUCUCACGUCUCAUAACCACAUGUUCAUCCUGGCGACACACGAACAGGAAAAAAAGGUCGAUACAACGAGUAAAACGUUAGCGGUGUGUGUGCUAGUGUCUCUAUCUCUUUCGUGCAAGACGAACCCCGCCACCUUAACCACCCUUCCACUCUUUGCACCCCUCGUAUUUCUUCUCUCUAUAGAGCUCUCUCUACAUAGGUUCGCAGCUAGCUGGCUUGGAGCUCUCCAAGGCAUUAGGCAAGGCACCGAGAUGCAGUAUGUAGUGGUCUACUUCUCUGCCCGGGCGGACGACGGCGGUCUGCCGCGAGCCACGUGGCCGGGAACCUCGCUCGCUCCGCACCUAGUGUCUCUGUCAGCUUUGUGUAUAGGUGCUUGGCCACAUAAUGGACUCACUAACCAUGUGUACACUAACCAGUGAUUAAAGUUCAGAGUUUAAACUGGUG